GGCAGCGAUUAGGAGGCAGAGAUAAGCCGACUUUUAAACUAGAGCCUCCUGCUGGCUUCCCCUCACGCCUACAUGAAGGUAGGGGCGCUGAGGUGGAAACGCGGAGGACGUCCCACACCGUGCGCCAGCUGUGUGAGCGGGUGGCUCGUACCUCUCCGUGCUCGGAUGCUCUCUCUGUGGACUUGCGGCGCUUUUUAACACCGAGGUAAAGAAGCCGCUUGAUGUUUACGGAAAGUCGCUGUGCUGGAGUGACCUGACCGUGGAGGAGGAAAUGCGGUGUCAUUGGAAGAGGAAUGUCGUUUUGGGAGUGGUGCUUCUAAUUGGUGUCCUCUACAUCAGCCACUCUGACAUCACCACUCCUGACUUGACCAGGGAAAAUAAAUCAUCUACAAACCGGUCAGUGCUGACUUUGCCAUAUCCUCAGCGAGUAAUCAGUCAGAAAUCCUGGGUGGACCAUGGACAUUACCUGCCUCUCAAAGUGUCUUAUCAGCUGCUGGCUGGGACACCAUCUACCAAGGAGAGGUUUCUAGCUGUCGGACUGGCAUCAGUGAAGAGGAAGAAGGGCAGCUACCUCCUCUCCACCUUGCGCUCCCUCUUCUCCCAGUCGUCCCCUGAAGAGCGCUCCUCCAUGGUGGUGGUGGUUAUGCUAGUGGACUUUGAUGCCAAGUGGAGAGCCGCUACGGUGGAAGAGAUCAAAACUGUAUUCACGUCUGAGCUGGAGCAAGGCCACCUGCUGGUUCUGCACGUUCCUCAGGAAUAUUACCCCCCUCUUACAGGACUAAAAAGAAACUAUAACGAUGUUCCAGAGCGGGUGACUUUCCGUUCCAAGCAGAAUGUGGACUACUCCUUCCUGAUCCACUACAGCACCGGCCUUGGCCGGUACUACCUGCAGCUGGAGGACGACGUCUCCUCUGCAAAAAACUUCCUGUCCAGCAUCAGGACGCGCAUCGAGGAGCAAGAAGCUAAGUCGAACACCUGGGCAACGCUGGAGUUCUCGUCCCUGGGCUACAUCGGGAAACUAUACAAGUCAGCUGACCUCCCUCUCCUAGCUCGCUUCCUCUUCCUCUUCUACCAGGAGAUGCCGUGCGACUGGCUGCUGAGUCAUUUUCGUCUGGUGAUGACCCAGAAGGGGACGAUUCUCUUCAAGCCCUCGCUGUUCCAACACAUGGGCACCUUCUCUUCAUUUCAAGGGACUUACAACAAGCUAAAGGACAAGGACUUUGAGGAGACCGCCUACUCCAACCCUUCAGCAGACGUCUACACCGACAUGUCCAUCUACAAGGACCACGCCCCCAAACUGGCUUGGGCUGCCGGUGAGGGAUUCUUUUGGGGACGCUCGCCAGAGAAAGGAAAUUACUUGACUGUGGUGUUUGAAAAGCCCACCACUGUGACAGAGAUUUCUGUGGAAACAGGGUCAGAGGGCAAAGACCUCCUGAGUUCUGCUGUGGUGGAGAUAGGCCACAGCGUAAACACCACCAGCAACAAUGAGAAAAGCUGCACGGAUUUCCAUUCACUGGGGACUUUUGAGAACGGGAGAUUCAAGAUGCAGGAGGUCGACAAGAAAUAUGGCUCCCCCUCCUCCUGUCUGAGGAUACAUGUCACAGCUGAUCAGAAAGAGUGGGUGAUCAUUAAGAGUAUUAGGAUCACAUCAAAGAGCACAAAGAAAUCCUAAGCUAAGGUAUGAGACAUUUUCCAUCCAGUUUAAUCAUCUAUCCUGGCGGACCUUCUACACAGAGGGACUCCCAAUGUGCCUUGUCAAACAGUUUGAACUUUUGAACGGCACCGUACUCUUAGCUUCAUUACUGAGAUAUAAACCAAAUGACUAAGAAUAUAAAAGAGGUGUUUGAGCAAGCUCCGUGAUAAAGAUUUUUGCCAAUGUAAAUGAACUGCGAGAUUGCCAUGGGCCAUGAAAAGCUUGUGUUUUAUAUUUCAGCAAUAAGCAAAUGUACAAUGCUUGGAAUAAAUUGUAAGCGAGUUCAAACAGAAAGACAAAUCUGUCCCAUUGAGAUACACAGGAUGAAGGUAUUCCAUUGGCACUUAAUGGAGGGAUUUGUCAUUCAUCUCUCAUUUCUGAUUGUAAUAAACACUGAAUGUUUGCUGAUAAAAUUAUAAAAAUGAACACUGCAGUUCAGCGGUAAUUUUGUUCUGUUUGGUCGAGGAGUGAUUUGGGAUUUGUGUGUAUGGUUAUAUGGGGCUGCACCGGGGUGUACUGGUCUCAAAGUAGCAAAUGCAGCGUCAGAUUAUCUACAUUUCUCCAUAUCCUACAUAUCCUCACAAACCUGUUCACACAUUACCAGUGGUCCUGUCCUAAAACAUGGUGUGUGUCUGCACUCUUCGAAAGAUGAGUGUAUAAAGUGGGUAACAAUAGGUGUGUAACUUCCAAAAUUAUCCGCAGUACAUCAGGGUGGGAAACUGGUGUGCACAUUCAGGACAAAAGGGUAUUUGUUUGGAUAGAGGCUUAUGAUGCAAAAUGA